UCUCUCUCUCGCUCUCUCUCUCUCUGUACUGUCUCUAACUCUUUGCUCUUUGUGAUGCUCGGAAGUUAGAAUCAAAUGUGAUGGGAAGUGGUUUCUCACAGCUCUUCCCUUGCUUCAAUCCGGCGGCGAACCGGCCGCCUCACGACCAGCCGCCGGACGUGAUCUUCGCGGCCUCCGAGCCUCUCGACGAAGCCCUAGGCCACUCCUUCUGCUACGUCCGCUCCUCCAAUCGCUUUCUCUCUCCCACCGCCUCCGAUCGCUUCGUUUCCCCCACUCAAUCGCUCCGCUUCUCUCCAUCGCACGAACCGGCGCCCAAGCAGAGACCGGCCGGUUGCCCGGAGACCGGGUUCAAGUCCAUCUCUGGUGCUUCAGUCAGCGCCAACACUUCGACUCCCAGAACGGUCCUCAACCUGGACAAUAUUUACGACGAUGCCACUGAGUGUGUCGGCCUUGGCGGCGGUGGCGUCAAGGCGAGCAUCGUGAACGGCUUCGAGAGCACGUCGUCGUUUUGCGCCUUGCCGCUCCAGCCGGUUCCCCGGGGCGAACCUUCCGGUGCGAUGGAGGGGGCGUUCUUCAUGUCAGGUCCGAUCGGGCGUGGGGCCCUCUCCGGGCCGCUCGAACCGAUCGGUGGUUCGGAUGCUGGCCCGGUUCCCUUCUCGGCGCCACUCGGCGAGGUUUACGCGAAGAAGAGGAGGAAAGGCAUUUCGGGGAUUCGGAAAGCGAUCGCCAGGAACUUCUUGGAGAAGAAGCGGCCGUGGGUGGUGCCUGUGAGGAACUUCGCCGGCCAGAAAGAUGUCGCCUCCGCCGCCGACGGCGCUGAUUUGGGGGCCAAGGGGGAAAGUAAUGUCCAGUGGGCAUUGUGCAAGGCAGGUGAGGAUCGGGUGCACGUGGUUGUAUCGGAGGAGCAUGGGUGGUUGUUUGUUGGGAUUUAUGAUGGGUUUAACGGCCCUGAUGCGCCGGAAUUCUUGAUGGGUAAUCUGUACAAAGCUGUUUACAGUGAGCUAGAGGGAUUGUUUUGGGAUUGUGAGGAAGCCCGUGCCCAAGAAGGUGUAAAUGUAGCUUCGGAAAAUGCAGUGAUUGCAGAGAACAGUAACCAAUUAAUGGAAAAGAUACGUGGGGUGGUUGGGGAUUGUGGAGAAAUUCAAUCAAAUGGAAAACAAUUAGAAGCACAGUGCGACCAAGGAUUUGCAAAAAAAGUGACAUUCCAAUCUGAACAGACUGAGACUAGGCGAAGGAGGCUAUGGGAAUUUCUUGCGGAAGAUCACCCAGAAUACGGCCUUGAUCUUUCUGGUUCGGAAAGAUUUGCAUUUUCAGUAGAUGAUGCACUUUGUGUGGGCAAUGCUGGCUCUGCUCUGAGUAGACGAUCGCUAUUGUUAUCUAAGUUGAAACAUGGGCUGAUUAAGCAUAAGGAGAGUACAAAAUUGUUUCCGUGGAGACUUGGUUUGGAAGCCAAAGAGAAAACUGAAGCUGAGAAUAAAGUUGAGGAGAGAUCCAACAGAAGUGGUAGGAAGCGGAAGGUUGGGCCUGUUGAUCAUGAAUCAGUUUUGCGGGCAAUGUCACGGGCUCUUGAAUUAACUGAGCUUGCAUUUCUUGACAUGACAGAUAAGGUUCUUGAUAGCAAUCCAGAGCUUGCCUUGAUGGGUUCAUGUUUAUUAGUUGUGCUGAUGAGAGAUGAGGAUGUCUAUGUAAUGAAUGUUGGUGAUAGCAGGGCUAUUGUGGCACAAUAUGAACUUGAAGAGACAAGUACUUGUACAGGGGGGGAGCAUCUUGCUCACAAUGGGUCAGCUGUGGAGGACAUAAUUGAGGAGUCCACAUAUAUUGAAGAGAGGGUGACCAAGGAGGCAAAUGAGUUCCCUACUCAAACUAUGAAGUUAACUGCGUUGCAGUUGUCUACUGAUCACAGCACAAGCAUUGAAGAAGAAAUUACAAGAAUCAAGAAAGAACACCCAGAUGACAGUCAGUGUAUUGUCAACGAUAGAGUAAAAGGUCGUCUUAAAGUUACCCGUGCAUUUGGAGCUGGCUUUCUGAAACAGCCCAAGUUGAAUGAUGCAUUAUUGGAAAUGUUCCGCAAUGAGUACAUUGGAACUGCGCCAUACUUAUCCUGUUCUCCAUCUCUUUGUCACCACCAGCUCUGUCCAAGAGAUCAAUUUUUAGUGUUGUCAUCUGAUGGAUUAUAUCAGUACUUGAGUAAUCAGGAAGUGGUCUCUCAUGUUGAGAGUUUUAUGGAGAGGUUUCCAGAUGGAGACCCUGCACAGUACCUAAUAGAGGAACUUCUUCUGCGUGCAGCCAAGAAAGCUGGUGUGCCUCGCUUCGCAAAGGCGCGCCUCGCCUCGUGCUCCUUGCGCCUCAGGCUCCAGGACCCUUUGCGCCUUGAUGCGUCUAUCGCCUUUCAGAACUCUGCAUUUAGCAAUGGAUUUAUAAAGAAUGGAAUUCCAUGAAUUGCUGGACAUCCCGCAGGGUGAUCGUAGAAAAUAUCACGACGAUGUAACUGUGAUGGUGAUAUCACUUGAAGGAAGAAUUUGGAAGUCAUCAGGAAAAUACCUUUGAGACCUUCACGAAAUAUCUCAACUGGCGAUAGGUUCUUUGUACAAGUCAAGGUGCAGCUUUGAUCUUAAGCUGUGGCGUUCUGCCAACCGUUAAGAAGUCUCAAAUCCGACCCUCUUUUCCGGGUCCACAUCGCGCCAUAACCAUACAAUGAAAGGCGGGAACCUAGUGAUGAUGGAGAAGGCCAAUGUUGAAUAUUCAUCAACAUUCAAUGAUCAUGCCAAGAUAUAUAGGUUCAGGUCCCAAAAAUAGGAAUUUUGUAGGUGGAAUUGAUGGGAACUUCUGUAGCUAAAGAGAACCCUUGUUUCCUUCUUUCUCUCUUGCCUUCUCUUUUUUAAGAUUUUGCACAGAUGGAGGGGGUUCUUCUCAUUUAUUUCUCUUUUCUUAUUUAUAGUGAAAAGAUGUGCAUGUAAUUUGGGGGCUAGAUAUCCUUACAGAAUUUGGGCAUUUUCCCUUGUCCAACGAGAUCAUUAUCUGUAACCUUGCUGUAACGUUGUUGGUGAAUUCUCACCAAUGCAGUUUACAAGAGUAGGAUUAUUCUUAUUGCAUCCA